UCCUACCGCGCACUGUGACUCGUCGCGGAGGAUCCGGUUCCAAGACUUUCUAAUUGGAAACAGCGCACGUUCAGAGCGCGCGGCGGCUUUUCUCCCCUCGGUGUUUUUGCCGAGUUCUGUAAUAGUUUCAGUCAGCAGGCUCGGGAUAUUUCUCGGAGAUAAAAAUGACCUGAGAGGCGUAGUGUGAACGGCAGCUCUGUCAAAGGCUGCUGAACCCUGGCGCCGUGCGUAAUUCUAUGUGAGCAGGUGGAUGGGGAGGCAGGGAAGGAUGCAGCUUUCCGGCGGGUCGACGCCGCUUCGGGGCGGCUUGACUCCCUGUUCACUGCUGCAGGACACCUUGCCCUUAUGGACGAGAUACGAGGAUGAAGUUCUCAGUUUAAAUAUCUGUUUUGCUAUUUUAUUAUCUCUCUACAGCUGGAAUGUGAUAAUUGUGGCUCCUUGUAUAUGAAAAUCCCUGGUCAUCCCGAUCCCCAGAGCCCCAGACCCUUAGAUUUCACAGCCUCAAAUUCUUAGCACCCUGUAAUCUUUUAUCUUAGAACAAACCAUCAGAAGACCUCUUUUAAGCUCAUUUCUAAAGUCCUGUUCUGUAAAAUCAGAGCUUUAAAGUAUUUAAGUUAGACCCAUUAAUGAUAACUAUUGCCAUACACCUUUAUGAUAACGCCUUUACUGUCCCACUAUCAUCAUUUUUAGACACUUUAAACAAUUGAUUGCUCAAAGUCCACCCAAAAGUCAUGGCCUUGGAUCAGUGGUCAUUUCUCCCACCCUCCCCCAAUGGCUCUGUCCCUGCACCCCUCCUGUAUGACUCCUACAACCAAGAAAAUGAGUCAUACCUGGAUUAUAACCUCUCAGGGACCAGCGAGCCUCACCAGGACAAGACCAGCUCCGUGGUCAUUACCCUCAUAUACUUUAUGGUGUGUGCUGUGGGAUUAUGUGGUAACACCUUGGUCAUCUAUGUGAUCCUGCGCUACGCCAAAAUGAAGACGGUGACCAACAUCUACAUCCUGAACCUGGCAGUGGCGGAUGUUCUGUGCAUGAUGAGCCUGCCGUUCAUCGCUCUACAGCUGGCGCUGGUCCACUGGCCCUUUGGAGAGGCUUUGUGCAGGGUGAUCAUGACUGUAGACUCUCUUAAUCAGUUCACCAGCAUCUUCUGCCUCAUGGUAAUGAGCAUCGAUCGAUACCUGGCUGUUGUCCAUCCCAUUAGGUCCACAAAGUGGCGGAAGCCCCGUGUAGCCAAACUAAUUAACCUCACAGUAUGGGGCGUUUCACUGUUAGUCAUCCUACCAACUAUGAUCUUCAGUGGCCUGAAUAAGGUGCCAGUGUGUGGGAUAGUGUGGCCCGAGCCUCAGGAGGUCUACUACACCGCCUUCAUAUUCUACACCUUCUUUGUUGGAUUCUUUCUGCCACUGGCAGUCAUAUGUCUCUGCUACCUGCUUAUUAUAGUCAAGGUGAAGUCGUCUGGAUUGCGCGUGGGUUCCACAAAGCGCAAGCGUUCUGAGCGAAAAGUGACACGUAUGGUGUCCAUAGUGGUGGCCGUUUUCGUCCUCUGCUGGCUGCCUUUCUACAUUUUUAACGUCACCUCCGUCACCAGCUCCAUAAAGCCCACCUCCGCCUUGAAGAGCACGUUUGACUUUGUGGUGGUGCUGGGCUACGCCAACAGCUGCGCUAACCCCAUCCUGUACGCCUUCCUGUCGGACAACUUCAAGAAGAGCUUUCAGAAUGUUCUGUGCCUGAAAAAGGUGGCCGGCUUGGAUGAGAUAGAGCGCAGCGACAGCAGGGCGGACCGAAGCAGGAUGGUUAACGAGGCCAUGCUCAUCACAGCCAACUUGGAGACUCAUAAUGCCGCCCUGCUCAACGGCGAGCUGCAGACCAGCAUCUGAAGCUAAAGGAGUGGCAGUAACAUUCAGGGAGGGGUGCAGAAGCUUCCUCCAGACUAAUGAGCUGCCAGGGCGCUGCUAGUGACCCUUGUUCAAAGAAGCGGGAUCAGCAAGGUGACGUAAUACUUGCUCAUGGACACUGAUACAUGAGCAAAGUCUAAGUGAAAAUAAACAAUUUCUCAACAGUUUUGAGAGGUCAGGGAAAGUACACUAACUUCAGCUAAAAGCUUUUCAUGAAUGGGUUAAUGAGGCAGCUUCAGUGUGUUAACCCUGAGGUGAAGCAAAAAUCCUUAUUUUGAGUGUUUUCUUUAGAGUGCAGAGAAAGCUUGUGUUGAAAUCAAACAUUUAUAAGGGUUGCUGUUCUUACUUGUCAGUUCGACUGAUCCAGGAUGGAAGCAUGGAGCAGUGGGUGGACCACUCUGUACCCAGAGAUGAAAUGCUGGCGUGAAGAGAGAUGUGGUAGGGAAGGUCUGAAUGAAACAUUUUUGCUCUACUUGGAUUUUUUUUCUUUUUUAAUAUUUGCUGGUUUAUUUUACUAGAAAAAGACCCAGCAUUUUAUCUCUCCAAAACACUGAAAUGCUAUUGAAGAAGUUCACUUUAGUGCAAAACUGGGAGCACAAAAAUCCCCGACAGCCUUUCAAGAUGGAGAAUCUGGAACCCCAUCCAUGAAUAGGGUCAUUGUAUCAUUUCAUUUAUAUCAGCCGAUCAGUUUGGUCCAACAUGAUCAAAAGAGAAAUGAAAUGGCAAUGCUCUUCUAUCCGCAAAUAAACAAAGGAUGCUUUCUUUCUCCUCUCUAGCUAGCGUCUUCAUGGGAGAGGUAGCAUUGAUCUGUAAACUCUUGAUUUCAACAUCCUGGAUUAUCGAUUAAGAAUGGGAAAUUAUCUCUGCAGGCACUGUAACCUUGCUUCUUCAAAACAGCUUGACUAUGUACAUAGGAAAUGGAUUUCUGUCAGCCUCUACAGGAGAGCCCCACACAUGUUCACUCUGUUCAGAAUGAAAAGGACUGUUAAAGGCGAACCCUGCCUUACCGUUCUAUAUUACUGAAACAAGCUACCGGUUUGUGAAACCACGAUACAAACGUUAAACUCUAUCAUGAUCUUUACAAGAGUCACCCAUUGUACUGCUGUAAAGAGUCCAUAUCUGCUUGUAAAAGUGUUGUAUUUUGACAAAAUUCUUGAUUUCAUGUUAAAAUGUGACCCCUCAAAUGCACAUUUGGUUGCCAGUGUGCGGUGGUAAAGAUGUCCAGAUUUCACAGAAGGCAAGAAAAUGUGUCAUUUAUUCAAACAGGGAGGGACAGAAGGAGAUGACAUGCAGAGAGGAGGAAACUGAAGGAAAUUAAGCUGGUGUGUGUGUGUUGUAACAACU